GGAGAAUCAGUUUUAAGAAGAAGCAAAAUUAAGCAAUUCCGAAGAAGUUGGGGAUUCUAAAACUUUCUUGAACUCGUAGAGAUCAUAUUCAGAAAGAUGGGAAGAAAUUUAACGAAGUUGGUGUUUCUCGUUUUCUUGCUUCGUCUCUUGAUCUCCUCUUCGUGCGGUGAAUCAUUUAACUCAGAUGAGACGAGAGUAUGCAUUUCUAAAGGAGGAAGAUUUCUGCCAUACGAAACUCCUAUGCCUUCUUCUCUUGAAUUUAAAGAUCUUAACCUGUGUAACGUGUUCCAUGGGAAGACUUGUUGCUCUGCUUCAACUAUGCACUCUGCUUCAUUAGCUCUCGAAAAUCUGGCUACUUAUGGAGAAGCUACUAAAGAUUGCUUGGAUUUGUUUGAGCUGUUGGAAUGUUCAAUCUAUCAGCCAGAUGUUGGGAUUCAGUCAGAACCUCUUCGCAUUUGUGCUUCGUUUUGCGACAGAGUCUUUGAAGCUUGCUCAGAUGCUUACUUUCGUAGAAAUGCCAGUAAUCAGGUUAUAGUCCCGUGUGGAGCAAGCGAAGGUACUAUCAUCUGCGGGAAAGCUUCUAAAUGGGAGUCUAGUGGCACAGCUUUCUGCUAUGCACUGGGUUUCACUGUUCAAACAGCUGGUGAUCUUACAGAAGAGCCUUGUUACGGAAGCAAAUCAAGUUUAGAGCCAGUGGUGGAAUCAUUCAUAAAGACUGAGACUUUUGCGUGGUUUCAAGAUCUUCAGAAACUGGUUAGAGAGAUGACACUGGUUCAACAGAUUUCUUGGGUAGUAACACUUUUUCUAAUAGGAACAACGGUCUUUAACAGGCGGCGUUAUCAGCAAGAGAUACAAGCUAUGAUUGAGAGGGAUGCGAGAAGAUUGAUGGGGAACAUGAAUGGGAAUGCCUAAAAUAAGAUGAUCCCUUUUUGAGUUCUUUAGCAUAUAGCAUUCAAACCUAUAAAAAAGUUUUGUAAGAAUAUUGAGUCUGAUAUUUCAUUGCUAUAUUUGGGUGUUAGACC